UUUUUUGGUAAAAUUUCCCGUUUAUUUUUUUCAUUUUUGAUUGAUUACACUUUGCUUCACGUGUUUUUUCAAGCAAUGUUUCCUGACUUGGAAUAUUGUAUUCCAGUUGAAUCAUCAUCUAUCCAUUUCCUCAAGUUGCCAGAUGAGUUCUACCAGGAAAUCUUGAAGCGAAUAUCUGCCUCUAAAUCUCGCAUUGUUUUUGCAGCACUUUAUCUUGGCGCAGGACAGAAGGAGCAGCAAAUUGUUUCAAGACUACAAACGGCAUGUUCUGAAAAUGUAGAAUUGGAAAUCUCAUUCCUUUUGGAUUACUUUCGAGGUACUAGAGGCGAACCUAACGACAGUUCUACUUCUAUUCUAAAACCUUUGCUGGAGAAUAGAAAUGUUCAGGUAUCUCUAUUCCAUACACCAGAAAUGCGUGGUUUACUGAAAUUUUUGCUGCCUGGAAGGUUAAAUGAAAUUAUCGGAGUUCAACACAUGAAGUUCUUCAUUUUUGAUGAUUCAAUAAUUAUAUCAGGAGCAAAUCUUUCUGAUCAAUAUUUUGAUAAUCGUCAAGACCGUUACUUGGUCGUUGAAAAUUGCCCUAGACUGGCUGAUUUUUUCCACUCAAUUUCUACUAUAAUGGCAAAACAUUCCAUGCAACUUGACAAAUUUGGCAAACUGAAUUUCUCUGGAUCAGCUUCCAUUCACCCUUUUACAGGAUCAAAUGAAGAAAUUCAAAAAAGCAUUAAAACCGAAAUUUUUGAAUUAUUUGACAAGUGCAAAGACAAUGUGAAUAAUUUAGCAAAUGAUACAUUUAUUUAUCCUUUUUUACAAAUGGGUGUUUUUGAUAUUAAACAAGAAGUUCAAUUUUUGAAAAAUUUGUUUAAUAAAGAGGAAAACAUAAAAGAAAUAAAUUUAAUUACUGCUUACUUUAAUUUAUGCGAUGAAUAUGCCGAUUGGAUGUUACAAAAGCGUUCCUUCUUAGUAAACAUUACAAAUGGCUUUUAUGGUGGAACUGGUAUAUCUGGUUCUGUUCCAUUACUUUAUCUGCAAAAUUCACUCGACUUUAUUCGAAAAUCAAAAGGACAAGGAUUUGAAAAGUCGCCCUUUACUUUUAUGGAAUGGGACAGGGAUGGCUGGACUUUUCAUGCAAAAGGUCUUUGGAUUGACUUUUUAAAUGAAAAAAGAAUUGGAACGGUGAUUGGAUCAUCAAAUUAUGGAUUUCGUUCUUCUCAAAGAGAUUUGGAGGCGCAAGUAUUGCUUGUUACUGAAAAUGACGCGCUAAAGCAAAAAAUUAUCGAGGAAAGGCAAUAUCUUCUAGAACAUGCUCAAUCAAUUGAAAUUGAUGCUUUUUUUAAAAGGGAUAUCCUUGUUUCAAAUUGGGUAAAAUAUUUUGCAAGAAUAUUCAGAAAUUUCUUUUGA